UGCAGACGGAGUCAGUGACCAUCUUUAACUGCAGCUGAGACAAAUAGCGUGCUGUGGAGUAGUGUCGAAGGGGGCUGUUGCCAAUUUUUAAGACCAACCAAGGAACUCAGCUAGGAAGUAAGCAGGAGAAUGGGCUGCUUGUCCAUUCUCCAGUACGCCCAAAGACAUGAGCUGUAUGAAGAAGUGGAUCUGGCGGAAAUCGCAGACGAAUGCAGAAAGAAGACUGGGCAGACACCAGUGGUUGUAGCAGAUGGAAGACAAUGCGUGUGGCUCCUGUACCGAGGGUGUGACUUCUACUGUGGUGGGCAGUACAAAGAAUUCCGAGAAGCGUGCACAAACUUGGUGCGGCGCUUCAGAAAUUGUGGAGUGCAUCUCGUGUUCUACUUCUACGGGCUACCGUCUGUUGACAAGAAGGAGAAGUGGGUGCGGCUGAACAGGGAGAGUGCAGAGCAAAUGAGCAAGUCCUUGACGAUUGCACACGAGCAGGGCGCGAGGCGAGUGAGGCCGAAUCGCUAUCCGGAAGGUCUGGUGCCGUGUGCACACGUCAUCUUCAGGGAAGAACCGAAUAGUGAGGUCCGGCUUUCUACAGGCAUCUGCCAUCAGGAGAUAGCGCAGUACGCAGCCAGCAACACGAACUGCCUGGGGGUGAUGAGCGUGAAUGCCGAUUUCCUGGUGUACAGUGGUGUACCAAGCCUUUUAAUUCUCCACGGUGAGUCAAAGGCCGAAGAGGGCGUGAGUCUAAGGAGGUUUCGCCCAGCAAUUAUCGCCUCACAUCUAGGCAUCCGACUAGAACAUCUGCCAGCAUUUGGGACAUUUGCAGGAGACAGUUUUAUCAAAUCAGAUGAGCUACAGAGUGUCCACGGACGACUGGAAGACUUUUAUAACUGCAGGGGGAACCCUUUGGCCGCUGUAGCGAAGCUGGUGAAGGAUAACGCAGUCGAUGAAAUGUGUCGGAUUGCAUUUGGUGACAGGUGGGCAGAAUUCCUCGAGACUGUGGAAGUAGGAAUUGGCCAGUACGGGUGCAAGCCGACAGUCUCCGACAGUCCUACGGAAGGUUCCGACUGGUCGCAGGUGCUGCACUUCAUAGAAUCGAAACACGUGUCGGGCGAAAUACCAGGAAUGGUCCUGUCCCUGGCCAAAAGUCGCAUCUUCCGUGCGGGUGCCGCCCUAGAGGACAUGGCGGAUGGUGCUCAAAAUGUACUGUCGACAGCAGAGAUGCUCCAGCCCAUGAGGCGCAGGAUGUACACCGUGCUGCUCUGGGAAAGUGGAGAGGGGCCUUUCAGAGUGGAGGAGUUCUUCACCAGGAGGUCAGACGUGUGUCAGGAGGAGGUGGAGGUCUCGAAGUGGCUGCCCCCCGGUGUGACACACCCAGGACUGCGACGGCUGUGGACGGCUGAUGUGGAAUGGCGCUGGCGGCUCUUCACCUGGAUAGUGGGCGCCCCAGAUGGGGACGGAUCUGCUCUGAGGUCUCUUCAGCCCCAGUACCUCGCGGUUCCGGCUGCCGCACUUUCAUUCCUCCGGCACGAGGCCUGCUGUCUGGAACGUCACGAGGCUGAGGUCCUCGCAGUGGUCGCCGUGACUGUAGGGCGCCUUUCGGUUCAGCAGUUGGCUCAAAAGCAGCUCCCAUCACUAGACACUCGGGCCGUGUAUUUGGCGUCUUUAUUCGUUCGCACUGCCCUACAAGUUCUGGAUGCUGCGGCCAUCUGUGGGUUAUCCUUCCCCCGAGACUCAGAGUGCCUGCUGGACGCCUAUUUUGAUGGGAUAUUCUUCCAUGAGCUUUAUCUUAAGGCUAAGGCCCAGUCAUUUGCAAGGAUUGGAGCCCACCUACCACGGGACCGUCCACAUCUUGGGCCACUCCACCAGCUGUUGGAUGUAAUCGAAAGGACUCACACCAGUCGCCAAUAACCGGUCUUUGAGAAAAUGUACAUCUACAUCUACAGCUACACAGAUACUCCGCAAAUCACACUUAAGUGCCUAGCAGACGGUUUAUCGUGUCACUUACACAAUCCUUCCCCCGAGACCUCUGUUGACCGCUUCACCGUAGCUGUGCGCGGCUUUGUCGCAUGUUUCACAGAAAACGGGACGACGGACAUUUAUCAACAGGCGUACAAGUUCUCCGUCUGUUUCCUGGUACACCAGCGUGGAGUCGGGGUCAACCAGCCACUCACUGUCACUAAUCUUAUGGCGGCUGGAGGCCGCGCCGCGUUACCGCUUUCUCAGAGCUUGAGCCGCUCUAAGCUGCCUAUUGUCGCUUCCCUUCGCCGUUCCCCGGCCGGCCACGGUCAACUCUAAAUGCUUCCCUGGGGUAAACUAGCGUCCAGUAAAUCGACUCGUUUCCGCAAGGUUUUCAUGUCGUGUGAAUUACUUUAAAACCAUCACCCGACAUUAAUCAUUCCAAUACGUCCAUACUAUACCCUCUACAAGAUGCAUUGUGCCUUGUCAGUCAUUUUUGGUUCAGCCCUACUGUUCACUCAACGUGAGUUGGGUGAUCUUUAAUGACUUCAUGUAAGGGGCAUAGUUCUUGCCAUCUUACAGUUUACAUGUAUGGAGUUCAUGUGACGUAAAAAUUCUUGGAGACGGUCCAGACCAUGAGGCCACACAAUAAAAAUGUCAUCAACGUAUCGCCAAAAUGCUGUCAGUUUAAAAGUGGCAGAGUCGAGUGCUCAUACAUCACAUACAUUGUAGAUGUUUGAGAUUUGAAAAGGUCUCUGAAAGCAUGUAGUUUCAUACAAAUAAUUUAUUAUCCACCCUCUGCCAGGCACUUAAGCGUCAUUUACCGAGUAUCCAUGUCGAUGUAGAUGAAUGCCGGGGCCAGCAUCAGAUCCUAGCUUAGAGGUCUGAUAUAACUGUUAAGCCAUGUCAUGGCUCAGCAUUUUUGAUUUACCCGCGAGAUUUUUCACUUGUUUUCGCUGCAGCGAUAGGGGGCGUGACCGCUUAGUGCUGUUGGCGCUGGUGCGCGAAGCGACAGAUUUGGGAGGACGGCUCGGUCGGUAUAUGGCGACAGGACGGAAGCAGCUGGGAGUCAACCGGUGCCAGCCGAGUAUGGACUGUGAUGAGUGCGGCUGUUUGCGAGCAUGUGGGAAUGCUCACUUGCUUAGCGUGGUUCUCCAUGACCAGCUGUUGUAUGUUGGGUCUAGCACUCGAGUGUAACAGAAAACUGCAUUGGUGUAGUUCUCGUCACCUGACUAAGACCGCAAUUUUGAUAUCCCUUUAUUAUAUCUGUGGAAUCGUUCGGGGCCCACGCUCUGCUACCAUUUAUGAUGUACAGACGGAAGCAGAGCAAGGAUGGGGAAGGUGUAGGUACAUUUAUUUGGUCCAAGCCCUCUUGACACAAAUUUAUUAUUUAACAAUAAUUGGUUAUACAUCCAAGUUAGUACAAUUAGCAGUUUAAAAGGAAAUGUUAGCAAUAAAAAAUUUUAUUUUAAACUUUCUCUAGAAGAACGUGCAGCCCCACUCUGAAACAUUACAUAAAGGUACUGUUAGGAAACGGUAUAUUAUAUCGUACAAGAGUGCAACAUGUAGAAAUAUUAACAA